GCGCGUUCGAGGGAUGCUGGCCAUAUUCUUCGGAUCUCCCAACCCCUGAUACGCCAAUCCCGUAGUCUAUGUCGCGAUUAAGGGCUCGCGAUUAGGGACUCGACGAUCGCGGUAGACCGUAGACGACCAUGCGGUGUCGUAGCCCACGUAGUUAGACGGUUUCGACCCUUUAUUUUCAAGUAUUUCCGUUCUUCGGAUUUGCUGCUGCUGGACCCUUUUUUAAUUCAAGCCUUUCGUUACGCCUGGCAAGGAAAUUGGAAAAAAUAAUUAAAAAAAAACGGGACGAGACUCGCGCUGGAGGAAGUUGCAUCUGUCGUCGCACUGUUCAAACGCCGCUAAGUUUCCCUGAAUAUUUGCGGGACGAAUUUUAUUCGUCAUUCGAAGCAACGAAUUAAAUAAUGGCCAAUUUUCGCGGAUUCUACAUACCAUCCUUUGGAGCAACGAUAAACGUUGCUUGGGAAACAUUGAAAGCUAAGUGGCCAGAGAAUAGUCCGUGUAUGGAACUUAUUCGCGGUCCAGGUCCAGGUCAACGACAAACUCCAGGACAAAGUGGACAUGCACAGUUCAAAUCGUUGGACGAAGGUCAUGAUAACACGGAAAUGAUAACUAUGAAUGGAGAUCAAGCAUAUCGGGAGCAGAAUAAUGUAGGCAUCGCUGAGGACUCUUUCAGCUAUCAACGAAACGGGGACAAAAUUAGAACAGGAAGUGUCAGUAGUGGUGAAUUUAGCGAAUACGACGAAGGUGGUGGCGAAUUUGGUGGCUCAGGAGUAAAAAUUAAUGAAUGGCAAGCAGCAUGGAACGUUACAAAUGCUAUACAGGGUAUGUUCAUCGUAUCGUUGCCAUUCGCCGUAUUACGAGGUGGUUAUUGGGCCAUUGCUGCGAUGAUCGGUAUAGCUCAUAUCUGUUGUUAUACUGGCAAAAUACUCGUUGAAUGUUUAUAUGAAUUGGAUACCACGACUGGCCAACGUGUACGCGUACGGGAUUCAUAUGUCGCCAUUGCGAAAGAAUGUUUCGGACCAACGUGGGGUGCUAGAGCGGUGAAUAUCGCUCAGAUCAUCGAAUUACUUAUGACUUGCAUUUUAUAUGUGGUCGUCUGUGGUGAUCUGAUGAUAGGCACGUUCCCCGAAGGCGCAAUCGAUACUAGGAGUUGGAUGAUGUUGAUCGGGAUAUUUUUACUACCUCUCGGUUUUCUCAAAUCCCUACAGCAUGUCUCAGUCCUUAGUUUUUGGUGCACGAUGUCUCACUUGUUCAUAAACGCCAUCAUCGUCGGCUACUGUCUUUUGGAAAUUGGUGAUUGGGGUUGGUCCAAAGUAAAAUGGAUGCCCGAUCUAAAGAAUUUUCCAAUCUCUCUUGGUGUGAUCGUGUUCAGCUAUACCUCGCAGAUAUUUUUACCUACGUUGGAGGGCAAUCUGAUCGAUCGAUCCAAGUUCGAUUGGAUGCUAAACUGGAGCCAUAUCGCGGCCGCCGCGUUCAAAUCGCUCUUUGGUUGGAUCUGUUUUCUAACUUUCCAGAAUGAUACACAGCAGGUGAUCACGAAUAAUUUACACUCGCCCAGUUUUAAGGGUCUGGUGAAUUUUUGCCUGGUCAUAAAGGCCGCACUCUCCUAUCCUUUGCCGUAUUACGCUGCCUGCGAACUUCUCGAGAGAGCGUUCUUUAGAGGCAGACCCAAAACGAUCUUCCCAACCAUAUGGACCGUAGAUCGCGAGUUGAAAGUCUGGGGCCUGGCGUGGCGAGUUGGUGUGAUCGUUUUCACCAUUCUUAUGGCGAUCUUCAUUCCCCACUUCAGUAUUCUUAUGGGGUUCAUAGGCUCCUUUACCGGAACAAUGUUAUCAUUUAUAUGGCCGUGUUAUUUUCAUUUAAAGCUAAAGAGAAACUCCAUGGAAUGGAGCGCAGUCGCGUACGAUUGUUUCGUAAUCUUUCUCGGUGUACUCUUCGGUGUAAUCGGAGUAUAUGAUUCAGGCUCUGCCUUGAUUAAUGCCUUUGAAAUCGGUCUGCCGUUUUGAACAAUCACACGUGUGAUUCAGCUCUCUUAAUCUCCGUUUGUUUCUCCAACGGAAAUAGAAACAUGUAAGACGAAGAAGUACGUGUAGAUAUACUGCUCAAGGGAAUCAAAUUUUAUGACACAUGUAUCGAAUAUGCACUGUACGAUAAUAUUCGUAUCGCUUUUAACGACUGCAGUGCAAUCCGCUUACGUAUUCCCUUGAGAACAUGACGGCGUCUAUAUUUUUGCUGGUUUCGAACGUUUUUUAACGUUAAUCGUACGAAAUAAUAAAGAAAAAGAUUCUAGUUGUGUGUCAUCGACUAGGGAGAUUCUAUGAAAAAGAAAAAUGUAUAUCUCUUCGAUUGUUUGAAUAGAUAUAACAUACAGAUUUGUUUAAUCGAAAAGGUUCGAGACAUUUUGAGAUUGUAUAUUUAUAUUCAACCAGAACUCACACAUAUCUAGCAGAUGAUCUAUUUAAGGCGAGAAAAUCUAGUAGAGAAGAAAAAAUGAAUUUAUUCGCGUAUACAUUUUGGCUUCGACAUGCGUCCUAUCAUCUUCGUUUGGGUUUUUGUCUUCCUUCUCCUUGACAAAAAUCGUCGACAUUCAGGGGCUUUCUAGGCAACAUUUAGACUAUUUAGAGCGCAGUAAACGUAACAAUAUAUUGCUGGUUGUAAGUGAUCGAUGUCUUCCACAAUACGUUUACAAGCGAAACACGCGGUGAAUAUUGUACGUACAAGUUAACUACUGUUACGCAGAUUUCGGGAUUUUAUAAUUACAUUGCGGAUCUUGUAAUUUCUAUCUACACGUUGACUACGCGCCGCGCCGAGGAGGCGUUGUUCGUUGUUAAAUUUACAAUUAGAGGUAUUUAGUCGGCGGAACGUGUAAAACCGAGAAUAACAACGUUUCUCAUUAUGAUUACUUCAGGAUCUUAGCUGCCAACACGUUAACAACAAAUUAGUCUAUUCUAACGUCUCCUCGUCGUGCAAGCGAAUGCAAAUAUGUAACCAGUUAUGUACGGAUGAGUACAAUUAGUUAUAAUAAUCCAAUGUCUUCCAAGGCCUUUGCAGGCCGCAUAGAUCACACUUAAUUUAAGCAAUACGAAUAUAGCUGAUGCAGUAGUUCGGUGCUGCGAGAUGUUCUUCGAUUCAAUUGACUCAAAUAUUAGGUACUUAGCUUCCGAGAUCUAUACAAGUCUAGAUCUAUACAAUUAUUACUGUUUGAGCUGCUUCUCCGAAUGUCCGCCAGCAAUUUUGUCCGAACGUUUCGUUAGCAUUAUAAUUAGUUUCUUAAUAAGUGUACCAGUUGAUCCCUGAGGGAAAGGUUAAUUUAGGGAUUAUCUAAUUCACUUAUAUACAUCUAGAAGCCAUAUACAGCAUAAUUGUUAUAUGCAUCUUAGUGCAAUCUUAGUUUUUACUACGUGAAAAUAUUUUAUGUUUCUCGACUUCAUUCUUGAUUAAUGUUAUAACUACACUUGUUCGUAAUGAAAGUGUAUGGUAAUUGUUGGAAAUAUUGCGCGGUUAUAAUUAAGAGACUGUAAGAUACAUAUAAAGAUUGGGCUUUUAUUAUUGAGUAAAUGUUUUAUGACCAAAGGAAUACAGGUUGAAUGAAAUAAAAGAUAAAGCCGCCUACCGCUGAUCACACUUCCACAUAAUCACGACCUUCAAAGGAAUAAAAGAUAUCAGAAUAAUAUUAAUAUCAUUAUGACAUGAUCAGCUACCGUAAAAAUAAUAUUAAUGUUGUUAUUUAGAAAGAUCAACAGUUCUACUCAGUAUUCUGUAACUUGUUAUUUUUUUAAUCUAGAUAUCAAAUAUAAGGGAAAAAGGGGUAGGAGCAUCUCGCAGUCACAAUACGUUACUUAAAUGAGAUACGAUAAUAUUCAUGAAACGAGUCUUCCAAUGAUGUCUUCCAAGAUGAUAAUAAUAAUUAAUGUAAUACGAUCUAUUGAUCGAACGAAACCUUUGUCAAUGAUAUUAAACGUUAUAUUGUGAGUUAUAGAAGUUAAGCGUUAAUUAUUAAGGCUAUGAUCAAAUUUAAUGUAUAAGUGAAAUCAUCUACAAAUUAUUUCAACUAGUAUUUUCUUUUUUUGAAGAAUCGUUCCCUUCUUUACAUCAUCAAGGUAGAUAAAUGGUAAAAAAAGUCAACGCAAGAUUGAUAAAUUACAUAUGAUAUUGCCUUGUUAUUUAAAAAAAGAGAUAUUGGUAUCGUAUAUAUGUAUACAUAGUAUCGAUCUUUUAUUUUAAGAAGUAGAUAAAUGGUAAAAGUCAACGCAAGAUUGAUAAAUUACAUAUGGUAAAGCCUUGUUAUAUAAAAAAAGAGAUAUUGGUAUCGUAUAUAUGUAUAAUGUAUAUGUAUACAUAGUAUCGAUCUUUUAUUUUAAGAAGUAUAACAAAGCUUUGAUUAUAAUUGUCGACCAAAAAAAUAGACAUUAAAUAAAAUUAGGCAGAAUGUCAUGCAUGAAGAUUACAAUGAUUACAAAAGGAAGUUUCUAUUUCAAAGACUAUAGUUAAAAAGAGAUUUGAAUAAUUAUUAUUCACCUUUGUGAGUACAAUAUUUUCAAAAAAUAAUACGUACGUUAUAAAGAAUAAUAAACAAAACUACACAUGUUUCAAUGUAAUCGAUGAAUUUUUUUCCAACGGACCUUUAAUUGAUACAGUCCUUAAACAGACAAUAGAUGUACACGUACUUAUGAUACAGUAUUGUUUAUCAAUCUUACAUAUGCAUUAAUAUUAUUUGAAUCUGGCUCGAUUUAUGGAACUCGAUUCAAAACGAUAUAAAGAUGUUGGAUUGUAAUGUACGAAAUGUUCGUUUCUAAGUUGAAAUAAAAGCGCUUCUUUUUGACAACAUAA